CCUUCUACAACUCCGUGUGACACAGUCAGAAGAUGGUUAGUGUCCUCAGAAGUGCUCAGACACCGCGGUUACACUGAAAGAAAGCAGGCGCUCCUCCGUCGCUCGCUGGGGAUGAUAGAUUAUUUCCAGAGAUGUAGCGGCGGCUGCACACCUCCGUUACUUGGAAACCGUCAGAAGUUUUGUGCGGAAAGUUUUUCUCUUCGGAUGGAAGAAGUUUUGAGACAAAGCGGCUGCCACGGGGCGCAUUUCUCCCCUGUUUUGUGAUAAUGGAGGAAGUCAGGCUCUGAGGUGACAUAAUGUCUUGGGGGGAGUUCAUCGAGCUCCGUGACAUGAGGGCAGACAGAGAGACGAUAGAGUUGAUACACGGCUCACAUUUGCCCUGCUCACCUCCACGCCUGGAGAGAGCCAACGCCCUAAGGAUCAGCCCGGGGAAGGUCCCAGACCGGCUGAGCCGGGCGGGCAUCAUCAGAGUCCUGAGCAGCACCCAGGACCCCCAGCUCACUGAGGAGAAAGGAGAGGGACACAACUUCCAGCCCUGCAGCCACGCUCAGCCCACGUGGUGUGACCUGUGUGGAGACUUCAUCUGGGGCCUGUACAAGCAGAGCCUGCGGUGUGUCAAUUGUAGAUUCACGUGCCACCACCGCUGUCGCGAUGGGAUCCGCUUGGACUGCAGCUGGGACCGAGGCUCUGCGGCUGACCACACAUAUGUUGUGGAGCACACCAUAGAAACGGACACAAAUGUGGAUGAACAGAUUGAAUGGGGAAAGCAGGAGUUGACGACUGCAGAUAUUCAGCAGAAGGUGAAGGAAUACAACGCUCAGAUAAACAGCAAUCUGUUCAUGAACACGAACAAAGAUGGUUCCUACACUGGCUUCAUAAAAGUGCAGUUCAAGUUGGCACGACCUGUGUCAGUUCCACCUCCAAAGAAAGGGGGUCAUGCUGCUAGGGGGGGGAGGGCUAGCGGGGUGAAGCGUCGCACCUCUUUCUACCUGCCAAAGGAUACAUCCAAGCACCUGCACAUAAGCUCACGCACUUCUGCUCGUGAGGUCAUCGAGGCUUUGUUGAAAAAGUUUACUGUGGUAGACAAUCCUGGCAAGUUUGCUCUGUUUGAGCGCAGCGAGCGCCAUGAGCAAGUUUAUAUUCGCAAGGUGUCUGAUAACGAGCGCCCCCUCCGUCUGCGUCUGUGUACCGGGCCCAAUGAAAAGGUCCUCAGCUUUGUUCUGAAAGAGAAUGAAACUGGAGAAGUCAAUUGGCAUGCCUUCUCCAUGCCUGAGUUGAAGAACUUCCUGCGCAUUCUGCAGCGUGAAGAGGAGGAGCACGUCAAGCAGAUAGUGCAGCGGUACGCUCUGGCCCGCACUAAGAUGCGGGAUGCUCUGGCUGGAUCGACUCCCGGCUGAGACGACUCUGCGCUCGGGGUUAAACGUGCACCUCUUGGCUGGACACCUUAAGAUGACCAGUCAUCGCUGCAUCCAAAGAUCCCAGAUAAUACAACUCAAAACACCUCUUGGGUGAACGAGAGAGUGAGACAGGGCGCAAGACAAUGAGAGAGAGCUAGCGCGAAUGUGCGUGUGAAAUGAUGCGAGAGAUGAGAAGUGCCUUACACCUGGAGAGUCUGAUGUGCCUGAGAGAAUGAGUUGAGAGAAGUGAAUACUGGCAGAUGAGACUGUGGUUGUAUCCAGUAACGUCUUUUGCUAUUGGGUACCAUCUGAUUAUCCUAUAUACCUCAGCUGUGUCACUUUAACUUUAAAGAAAAUGUCAAUGAUGGUUUUGCCAUUUUUAGGUAUAAAUAAGUAUGUUGAUUAUACAUUUUUAGGUGCCGUACUUAACUCAUGCCCUGUGCUAUAAUUGAGCUGAUAAUCAAACGUCUGGAAGUUACAUUCCUUUUUUUCCUCCAGAAUAUACAAUUGGUAACCUGUCCAAUCAUGACAUUACUGCCAAGUGUAAACUAAAUCUGGUCCUUGAAAACCUACUUUAAAAACCAACGUCCAUUUUGACAUUUUUCGUUUAUCCUGUUAGAAAGUUAAAUACACAUUUGUUGCUGAAAGGUAUUUGGAUUUUCAUUUGACCCAGGCUCAAAAAUCUGCCAGUUCCUCUCGACACCCCUGAUGGGUGCAACUCUUUUUUUUUUUUUUACUGUCAAAUUGCGAGUUUGACUGAUGUAUGGACAUUUGUAUGCAACUAUGAAUGUCAGAGAGAGCAGUGUCACUCUGGUUGACUGGAAUCUUGAAUGAAUAUUGGUAUACAUGUGUUUCACUACUUUUUCAUUCCCUAUAUCUUUGUUUUUUUCUGUCCUUUAUAAGAAAAUGUUUGUCUUCUGUUUUUCAGUUCACUAUCAUUGUAUCCGUUUAUGCACAUAUUUACAUGUAGAAGCAAAAAUUCAAAAUGUCGUGACAAAUGUGCACGGCGUUCAGUAAAACAUUUUUUCCAGUUCAAA